AACACCUUCAUGCGUGUCUUUUUCCAUUAGUAAUGUUUGAUUUUAUUUUUAAACAAAGUGAAGUAAUGAAGAAUACUUAAUCAAAUACUCACUUGUUUAGGUGAUUUGGGAAUUACAUUUAUGAUAUUAUCAAAUUGUGAUAAGAGUUGACUUUUAGGAAGUUUAAAGUUUGGGUCUUAGCUUGUGUUGUAGUUUCCAGUAGGUUAUUGUGUAUAAGAAUUGAAUUUGUGAAGCUGAAAAACAAACUCUUUUUCCCCUUUAUCCAUUAUGUUUUGAAAAUUACACACCUUACAAGGAAGUAAACUACUAUUAGAAACUAAUAUUUGCCUAAUUGAGUAUUGAGAAGGAUAAUUGAUUAAGAAUAUAAUUUUUUUCUUGUUAAUUUUUCCUUACUAGCUUUCGAGUAUAAGACCUCUUAUUUCUUUGCAAUAAUUUGUAAUUUUUUAGUGUGUAUUUUGUAAACAGAUAUGGCUCGCAUGCCACGAAAUAAACAGAAGAAGAUUGCAACGACAUGUAUUAUCAUUUAUAGGCAAAUGGUGGUUAUGGUUAUGGCGAUAAUAGUCGAUCUCAUAUAUUUACUUUCUAUCCUAAAUAUCAAAGUGCCUAAGCCUAUAACUUAUAUAUUUGAUAAUUCUCUUGAAGAAAGGUGCUAUGCUAGAAUUUUAAAUCUUAGGCCAAUUAUCCAAGGGAGUGAUGUAGCAUGUUUAGAUAACCUUAGAAUGGAUAGAGCUUGCUUUUAUAAGUUAUGUGAGAUGCUGAGGGAUGUUGGUGGAUUGCAAGGAAAUAGGAACACUAGCUUGGAAGAAAUAGUUGCAUUAUUUCUUUUCACUCUUUCUCAUGAUACAAAAAAUCGAAGAACUCAAUUAUACUUUAGAAGAAGUGGAGAAACGAUUUCAAGACACUUUAACUUAGUCUUGAAAGUUGUGCUUAGAUGCCACCAUAUUUUAUUUAAGAAACCUGAGGCGGUGACAGAAAAUUGUCAGGAUGAGAGGUGGAAGUGGUUUAAGAAUUGCUUAGGGGCAUUGGACGGAACACAUAUUAAGGUUCGUGCUGGUGAUAAAGACAAAGUUAGAUUCAGAAAUAGGAAAGGAGAACUCACCACCAAUGUCUUAGGAGUGUGUACUCGUGAUAUGCAAUUUGUUUAUGUAUUGCCUGGUUGGGAGGGUUCAGCACAUGACAAUAGAGUUCUUCGUGAUGCGUUGUCGAGAAGAAAUCCUUUAAAAGUCCCUCAAGGUAAUAGGAAAUUUGCAUUUUUUUAAUACAUUUUGUCAAGAAAAGCUAAUGAAAGAAAAUUAUUAAAAGUUUUAUUGGUUGUUUUUAGGUUACUACUAUUUAUGUGAUGCUGGAUAUAUGAACUGUGAGGGAUUUUUAACACCAUUUAGAGGUCAAAGAUACCAUUUGAGUGUUUGGAAAAGUGGGGAACAUCCAGUAUCCGCUGAAGAAUAUUUUAAUAUGAAGCAUUCACAAGCGCGGAAUGUCAUAGAGAGAUGUUUUGGAUUGCUUAAGAUGAGGUGGGGUAUACUAAGAAACACAACUUGGUACCGUCGAAAGGCCGUCAGUAGAAUUAUUUUGGCAUGUGCUUUGAUGCAUAAUUUCAUUCGAACAUAUAUGACCAUAGAUCCUAUGGAGUCUUUAAUUGGAGAUGACGUACAAGAAGAUAUCAGUGAAAACAAUAUUGAGGUUAUGGAGACUAGUACUGAAUGGAAUGUCUUUAGGCAGAAUCUGGCAACUGAAAUGUAUGCAACAUGGUUGAACUCAAGACCUUCUUAAAGAUUUUUGUGAUUAGUAAUUACUUCUUGUAUUUGGUUUUUGCUUUUAGUUGUAACUUGUAAUUAAGGAGAAUUGCAAAUCAAAAUUAAUCUACUUUGUAUGUUACGUGUGUUGUACUUUUGGAUAUUAGUACAAUAUCUACUUCAUAUUUCAAUGAAUUUGGCAUCUUACAAUGCAUUUCAAAGUGUAUAUACUUAAAGGAUGUGUGCUCAUUUUUUUUGAACUUAAAGUUAUUGUUAUAUAGCUGAAUUUAUACCUAUGUCUUCUAUAUCAUAUUAUUUUUGUGUUGUAGAGAUGAGUCA